AUUCACAUUCACAACAAAACUUAUACAAACUACUUUCGCAAUGAGAGAAAUCAUUCAUUUAUCAGCAGGUCAAUGUGGUAAUCAAAUCGGUGCUGCUUUCUGGGAAACCAUCUGUGGUGAACACGGUUUAGAUGACAAUGGUGAAUUCCAUGGUACUGAAGAAAUCCAAAGAUCAAAAUUAAACGUUUAUUUCAACGAAGCUUCUUCUGGUAAAUACGUUCCUCGUUCUGUUAACGUUGAUUUAGAACCAGGUACUAUUGAUGCUGUUAAAACUUCAAAAAUUGGUAACUUAUUCAGACCAGAUAACUUUAUUUAUGGUCAAUCUUCAGCUGGUAACGUUUGGGCUAAAGGUCAUUACACUGAAGGUGCCGAAUUAGUUGAUUCAGUUUUAGAUAUCGUCAGAAGAGAAGCUGAAGGUUGUGAUUCUUUACAAGGUUUCCAAAUUACCCACUCUUUAGGUGGUGGUACCGGUUCUGGUAUGGGUACUUUAUUAAUCAGUAAAAUUAGAGAAGAAUUCCCAGAUAGAAUGAUGGCUACAUUUUCAGUUGUCCCAUCUCCAAAAGUUAGUGACACAGUUGUUGAACCAUAUAAUGCUACUUUAUCCAUCCACCAAUUGGUUGAAAACUCAGAUGAAACCUUCUGUAUUGACAAUGAAGCUUUAUAUGAUAUCUGUAUGAAAACUUUGAAAUUACCACAACCAUCUUAUGAUGAUUUAAACCAUUUAGUCAGUUCAGUUAUGUCAGGUGUUACUACUUCACUACGUUACCCAGGUCAAUUAAACUCAGAUUUAAGAAAAUUAGCUGUGAACUUAGUUCCAUUCCCAAGAUUACAUUUCUUCAUGGUUGGUUAUGCUCCAUUAACUUCUUUAGGUUCUCAAUCAUUUAGAUCUUUAAGUGUUCCAGAAUUAACCCAACAAAUGUUUGAUUCUAAGAACAUGAUGGCUGCUUCAGACCCAAGAAAUGGUAGAUACUUAACUGUUGCUGCUUUCUUCAGAGGUAAAGUUUCAGUUAAAGAAGUUGAAGAUGAAAUGUACAAAGUUCAAACUAAAAACUCAUCAUAUUUCGUUGAAUGGAUUCCAAAUAAUGUUCAAACUGCUAUCUGUUCAGUUGCUCCAAAAGGUUUAGAUAUGUCUGCUACUUUUAUUGGUAACUCUACAUCUAUUCAAGAAUUAUUCAAAAGAGUUGGUGAUCAAUUCGGUGCGAUGUUCAGAAAGAAAGCUUUCUUGCAUUGGUAUACCUCUGAAGGUAUGGAUGAAAUGGAAUUUACUGAAGCUGAAUCAAACAUGAAUGAUUUAGUUAGUGAAUAUCAACAAUAUCAAGAUGCUACUGUUGAAGAUGAUGAAGAAUUGGAUUACGGUGAAGAACAAUCAUUAGAUGAAGUUCUUGAAUAAAUUUAGCGUAAAACAAAAGAUGAAUUGAUGAAGAAUAAUAAUUAGAGAAGGAUACCCUAUUUUUUUAAUUUAAUUUGUUUUGUUACGCCCGGUUAAGAUUUUUUAUUAUAUAUAUAUUUUUGGUUAUGAGGAUCUUCAUUUAUAAAGAAAAAGGUGCUGUAUCUUUAUCUUUCAAAGUGAAUGAUGGGUCCUCUUGAUUUUUACUCAGUUUUUAAUUUUUUAUAUCUUCCCUAUUUACUCUGUUUCUAUUUUAUUGUGUUGAGGUC